AGAAGCCCGUUUCACUGAUUUUGAGGGGAAGACCUCUUUUGGCAUGUCAGUCUUCAAUUUGGGCAAUGCCAUUAUGGGCAGUGGGAUUUUGGGAUUGGCCUACGCUAUGGCCAAUACUGGCAUACUGCUUUUCCUGUUUCUCCUCACGGCUGUAGCUGGUCUCUCCUGCUAUUCUAUUCACCUCCUGCUGAAGUCCUCUGGUGUUGUGGGAAUCAGAUCUUAUGAACAGCUGGGGUUCAGGGCCUUUGGAAUCACAGGGAAGAUGGCGGCCGGAAUAGCAAUCACCCUUCAAAACAUUGGAGCCAUGUCCAGUUACUUAUACAUCGUCAAGUCAGAGUUCCCACUGGUCCUGCAGGCUUUUUUGAAAGCAGACACCAGUUCAGGUCAAUGGUAUCUCAAUGGAAACUACUUGGUGGUGCUUGUGUCUCUUUCGGUCAUCCUGCCUUUGGCUCUAAUGAAGCAGCUGGGUUACCUUGGUUACACCAGUGGUUUUUCACUCAGCUGCAUGGUCUUCUUCCUCAGUGCAGUCAUUUAUAAGAAGUUCCAGAUCCUGUGCCCAUUCGAGGAGUUUUCGUCCAAUAGCACGCUGGCACAGGCUCAUUCAAACGUGACGGUGGACCACGCCCACGGUUACCAUAACGGACAUGUGAUGGUGGACGACUCCCACUGCAGCCCACAGAUGUUCACCGUCAACACACAUACCGCAUACACCAUCCCCAUCCUGGCCUUCGCUUUCGUCUGCCACCCUGAGGUCCUGCCCAUCUACACUGAGCUGCGCAACCCAACUCAGAAGAAGAUGCAGCACAUUUCCAACAUUUCCAUUCUGAUCAUGUACACUAUGUACUUCCUUGCUGCUCUCUUUGGAUACCUAACGUUUUACACUAAAGUUGAGGCCGAGCUUCUGCACACAUACAGCAGGAUCGACCCCUACGACACACUCAUCCUCUGCGUGCGUUUGGCUGUGCUCACCGCUGUCACACUGACUGUGCCCAUCGUUCUGUUCCCAGUGCGAAGAGCCAUUCAAGAGAUGAUGUUCCCUAAUAAAACCUUCAACUGGAUCCGACACGUCAUCAUCGCUGUCAUUCUCCUGACCUUCAUCAACAUCCUGGUCAUCUUCGCGCCCAACAUCCUGGGCAUCUUUGGCAUCAUUGGUGCAACAUCCGCUCCCUGUCUUAUCUUCAUCUUCCCUGCUGUCUUCUACAUCCGUAUUGUGCCCAAGGAUAAGGAGCCAAUGCGCUCCACCCCCAAAAUCUUUGCUGCCUGUUUUGCUGGACUGGGCAUGUUGUUUAUGAUAAUGAGCUUGAGCUUCAUCAUCAUUGAUUGGACGACAGGCAGCAGCAGUACUAUGGGUGGCCACUAGGAGACAAACUUUGUUGAUGAAUGUGUGUUUUUGUAUGAGAGUGUGAGGUGUAUGUUAGGUUAGUGAUGUAACAUACUGGAAGUGAUCUGAUUGAUUUUUAUCCAUAUUUUCCUGCCUGUUAUGACACGGAGGAUGCCCUAUCCCACUGUGGAAAGGAAAAGGUGAGGGGGACCCAACGUAACAUCCCAUUUUACACAGAUAAUCUGCCAGCAGAUAAUGGGGAAGAACUGCAUUAUUCUGGAAAAAACACGUCUGAUAAAUUCACACUGAUGUUUUAUAUUUUAAAACCUGUGAAAGCGCUGAUAUUGUCAAUUUGGGCAAUUUUUUUUAUUGCAAUUUAUUUAUUCAAGGUUUAGUACAGCAGUCUCCAAACUCGGUCCUGGAGGGCUGGAGUCCUGCAGAGUUUAGCUCCAACUUGCCUCAACCCACUUGCCUGCAAGUUUCUAGCAUGCCUAGUAAGACCUCGAUUAGGUUCAGGUGUUUUUAACUUACAGUACAGACCAAAAGUUUGGAAACAUUACUAAAUAUUACUGUUUUUUCUGUAUUUUUGAUCAAAUAAAUGCAGGCUUGAUGAGCAGAAGAAACUACUUUCAAAAACAUUAAAAUUGUAAUGUUUCCAAACGUUUGGUCUGUACUGUAUGUUAAGGCUUAAGUUUGCUUGUCGUUAUUUUUAUUUAUCUCUCACUCUCUGUUUUUCCUAUCCAGAGUACUUAUACUUGACAAAACUGAAUGCAAGUACUGUAGUAACACAUAGUUGAAUCCUUCUAGAUUUCUUUUAAGUGACAGUACAUGCAUUCUACAAAAGUCACCUAUAUAUCAGAUUUUUACAAAUGUAAUUCUGUGUUUUACUUUGCUCAUAGAACGAGGAGAUUGUAGAGGUUUUGAUUCCUCUCUGGGUGUAGAAUGAAGCAGGCCAGUUUAGUAAAGAUGGAUCGAUAGUUGGUUUACUCUCCAGUGGGCUUUGGACAAUCAGUGAGUCGCAUUACUACCUAUUUUAGGUAACUUGCAGUGUUUUCGAGUCAAGUGAGAGUACAAUUUAUCAAAUCGCACAAUUUCAGUGUGCCAAAGCGAAGGAUUUCUAUAGUCCUUCAUGAAUGUCAUGAAUGUCAUGAAGUAUAUUUUCAGUUUUCCUAAAGUACAAUAGACAGAAUGCAAGGCAUGCCUUGAUCACAUUGAGAUUUAAACAGUGAAAAACAUAUUUAUUUAAUUGUAUUGAAUAUAUUUUGCAGUUCACUGGAUGAGUAUUAGUGUGUGUUAUAGUAUUAAUGUGUACAAUACCGGUGUCCUUCAUCGGUUUUGUUUGUCAUGAUAUUCAAGGUCAUUUAUACAAACACUAGUCAAGGACCUCAUAUACGAAUACAAAACUAUAUUUUACUUGAAAUGGACAUAAUCUCCCCUGUAUUAGAAUUCCAACAGUUAUAUUAAAGAUGAAAAUUAUCAAAAAUGAAAAUUAACUGAAAAUUUACUCACACUGAGGUCAUCCAAGAUGUAGAUGAGUUUGUUUCUUAAUCAGAAAAGAUAUGGAGAAAUGUAGCAUUGCAUCACUUGCUCACCAGUGGAUCCUCUGCAGUGAAUGGGUGCCGUCAGAAUGAGUGUCCAAACAGCUGAUUAAAACAUCACAAUAAUCCACAAGUCAUCCAUACCACUCCAGCUGAUCAAUUAACGUCUUGUGAAUUGAAACAAAUCCAUUUAGACUUUUUUUCCCUCCAAAUCAUUGCUUCUGGACAAAAUAAACAUGCAGGGAUGUAAUGCUACAUUUCUCCAAAUCUUUUCCGAUGAAGAAACAAAUGGCUCUACAUCUUGAAUGCCCUGAUGGUGUGUACAUUUUCAGCAAAUUUUCAUUUUUGGGUGAAUGAAGUUUAAGUGAUAUAGUUUGGAAGCUGCUCUCAAUAUCUCACAUGAAAAAACACAUCUGUGUAGUUCCUUUUCUUGUAAUCUGAGUAUUUGUGGACCCUGUUUUGGUGUUAGCAGUAGUUAAUGAACCAGCUGAUAUAUAGAAGCAUGAAACACCUGUAAUUAUUAUUAUUAUUUUUUUUUUGUAGUUAAAAGGAAAAUUGUUGCUUAUUUGAAGUUUGAAAUAACUUACUCUUAAUCAGUGGUUCGUGUGAUGCUUUCAAAACUUCAAUGUGUUCAGAUUCUGCCAAAAUAUUAUGCAGUGCAAUCCUGUUGUUCAAUAAUUGUGCUAAUAUUAUGUUAACUGACGACUAACUAGAUUGGUAGCGGAAGAUAUCGGUAAACCAUGAGCAAACAUGAGUUAUUCUGCAACAGAAAUUAGCAUGCAGUUCAUAUCACCACAUUAAUGACAGGAAUAAAAAUUGAUAAGGAAUUGACUUUUAUUUGUGACAGAGAAAGUGUAGCUAACAUCAUAGUUCUGUUUGCAUUGUCAACCAAAAAAACAAACUGAACUUUAUGCUGGAGACUGAAGAGCAGUGCCAGUGGUCCCCAGGAGUCACUGUUAAACAUGGCAAUGAUGGCAAUGAUUGUUUUUUUUUCAGUAUUUCCCUGAAACUGAUCAUUUAAUUAUAAUAUGUGCUUUUUUAAGUACUAUAAAUCUAAAUAUAUUAAAGAAAAGUGCCUUACUUUACAACCAGCUACCUUAUAAACUCUUAAGAUACUACCUUUUUUUUUUUCCAAUGAGCCCUGUAAGUGUUUGUUAUAGCCCUCAAACUUUUUUUUAAAAGUUUCCUCAAUGCUAGUUUGUAAUUUUUAUAUUAUAAUAAUAAUCUUCUUUAAAUAAUAUUCUUUCAGUCAAGUUAUAUCCUUGCUGAGUAUAUUUAGCUUCAACCACAGUAGCAUUGGAUUGAAGAUAAAAUCAAGGGUACUGAAUAAUGAUAAUUUUGUGAUUUAUAUGGUGGUUAAUAAUGCAAGAUUGAUUAUGACUGAAAUUCUAUAAAAGUUAUUUGCCUCAUUGCUGCCCCGUUUAUAUACCUUUUCUUUAAACAUGUUUUACUAACAUUUGCUAUAUUCAUAUCUGGUACAGAUCAUCUGGAUUUUAUCCUUUCAAUAAGGAAAAUGCAAACCAGUUUGUUUUUCAAAGCAUUAUUUACACACUAUUUAAUCAAUACAGUUUGGUUCAUAUGAUAGUUUGUUUAGUGCAUUCGUAUAUACUGUACAUAAAUGUGAACCACUUUAUUUGUAAUGCAUAUUUAGCUUGUAUAGUGUAAAUAGUAGAACCACAUUGACAAUAAAAAGCUGUUUUUAAACCU